CAAUAUUAUAAAUAUCUAUAUAGCCUUUCAUAUCCAAACUAUCGAUUAAUGUACAUGAACCGAUCUGAAAGAUUAAACGUGGUUUUAUGUCUACCGAUAUCUUUACAGACCAAACAAGGAUUACAUAUUAAGAUAUGGCAAAACGAUUGGUGAAUAACUUGAAAGACGAAUACCUUAGUUGCAGCAUCUGUUUGGACCAGUAUCGCCAACCAAAGACAUUACCAUGUGACCAUAUCUUCUGUCAAGAAUGUCUCAGCAGUCACGUUGUACAGAACAUUCACACGCACAAAACUCACGUGGAAAUCUCGUGUCCUUUGUGCAGGAAGAAAACUUCAAUAAAAUCUAAAGGGAAUUUCGAUGUGGAAGCAUGGGUGAAUACUUUGCCAACGGAUUCUCUCGUCGGAUCGUUAAUGCAGACAUUAAACAUGCACGAAAGAGGCACAAGAAGUCCAGAGGUUCUACCUAAACUGUGCGAAUCGCAUGGCGGAAAACCAUGUGACGCUUAUUGUUUUACACAUGCGCAGUUGAUGUGUUGGGAAUGCGCGGCACGUGAUCAUCGCAUUUGCAGCGUUGAUUCCGCAGACAAAGCAAAACAUUUAGUCCAACCGGAAAUAGAAUCUAUGAAGAAAACCGUGGAGAAUCAUUUAGCAAGAGCUCGAGAAUUGAGCAAAAGCGAUGAAACAUUCAAAAACAGUAAAGUAAAAGUUUUGAACGACCUUCAAGAUUUUGAGAGAAGACUCGAUAAGGUUUAUACAUCUGCUAAACAUCAGUUGUGUUUAUUAAAAUCUGAGGUAGAGAAAGUUACGAAAAUGCAUCUAGAUGAAAGAAAGAACUUUUAUGAUGCUGUCCAAUCACUCCUGGAACUAAAAUGUUCCAUAGAAAUAAUGGCGAAUGAGUCCGAAGCCACCAAGUUAUUUGCUUUGUUAAAAAAAUGA